GCGUUUGCGUGUGUUCUUCUCUUCCAUGGCCGCCGCAAGUGGCAGCGGGUCGCCGUGCGGUGCAUGCAAGUUUCUCCGGCGCAAGUGCGUGUCGGACUGCAUAUUCGCGCCGUAUUUCUGCUCGGAGCAGGGGCCGGCGCGGUUCGCUGCGAUCCACAAGGUGUUCGGGGCCAGCAAUGUGUCGAAGCUGCUGCUGCACGUGCCGGUGCCGGACCGGUGCGAGGCGGUGGUGACGAUUGCGUACGAGGCGCAGGCCAGGAUCCGGGACCCCGUCUACGGCUGCGUCGCCCAUAUCUUCGCCUUACAGCAGCAGGUAGCAUGCUUGCAAGCACAGUUGAUGCAAGUGAAGGCUCAUCUGGCUCGCAACCUCAUGGAGUCACGGAGCUUGGAGAAUCAAUGGGCAGUCGGGAAUGUGAACGGAGCAGCAGCGCCGGUGACGGCGCUUCCACUGACUUUUUCAGCGACUAACAAUUACGUGAACUCCGUUGUCUCUCCGGCGAGCUCCAUUGAAUCCAUUGAUUGUGAUCAAAGUACUACUUAUAAUAAUAAUAACAAUGGAGUGGGAAUACUGCAAGAGAUUCAUCAUCAGGUACUGGAGAGAGAUGGCGAUAAUCAUCAUCAUCAUCUGAUUAAUGCCUGCCAUCUCCCCAGUGCUAAGAAGAGACCGCCCCACACUGACUUGGGGGAGCUUCAAGCACUGGCACUUAGGAUGAUGAGGAAUUAAUUAAUUAAUACAUUUAUUU